AAGCCUGACCUAAAUUACGGUGUAUCCGGAUCCACUUCAUAACAUUUUCCAUCCCAAAUACUCGUAUAGUUUACAUACAGAAUCAUUCGACGUGUUGUCAAAGGGGAAUAUGUUACUGCGUACACUGAAGAAUUCCAAAUCACAACCUAUUGGUAAAGGGUAGGCAAAUUUCCAGUAUAGAUUCCUCACGGUGGAGUUAAUUCGGUCACCUAAAUAUCGGUUCGAGAAAUACUUAUUACAAUUCGUUUGACCCGAAUUACAGCGAACAGAGGAAAGUGCAAAUAGUUAUCAGAAGUUUUUCAGAUUCAAGAUGGCGAAUACUAGAUUCGGGUCUCUUUGGCUUCUUGCUGUUUUCUUCUUCGGGCUAGUUCUUGAUGCUGCUUGUGGAAGUCCUAUUGAGAAGCCCAUUAAGGUUAAUAUCGAAGAUGAUGGAUCUCAAAGGCCUCACAUUAUUCAUUUGGAGGUGAAUGUACUACCCGGGCCGGAAAAAGAGCAGCCGCUGUACGCCAUUUCCUCGGACCCCAGCACAGAGGCAGGCGAAGGGAGUGGAGAACCGCCAGAGCCCAAUGGUGGGACUGAAUCAAAUUGCAUCAUGAUGACCCCUCAGAGUGUGAGGGGCUACGGAGGAUGUAACAUGACUGAGGUUGAGGAAAAUUGCUACACCAAUCCUAUCUGUUCUGACACCUGUAUCGCAGAGGACGGCACCAUAAAGGUGAUCGGAUCGCCACUGUGGCCCGAACAGAACGACACGCAAAUGUGUGAAUGCGUGAGACCAGGUUCGAUAUAUCACUCCCCGCCUGUUCCACCCCCUGGUGCCAGAGAGUGGCCACCGAGCAGACAUUGUCGUCCCAACGGUUGCACGUUUCCAGGUAAUAAUACACUCAUUCAACCAGGAGCCACAGUCGAAUUGAACGGCACGCCGUGCUUCUGCGAGGCAGGACCGGAUCCAAAUCUUAUGGAUUAUGCCUUCCUUUACCACCUAAAGUGCCACCCAACUACAUCCGAUGAGGACACCUCUGCGUCUAUUGAGGUUACCAGUGCGUCUAAUGAGGCUAUAGUCGUGCCUAAUGAGGCCGAGGCCAACCCUGCGUCUAAUGAAGACACCCCUGCGUCUGAUCAAGAGGAGGAUACACCCGAUGCAUAGGAAGGAGUAAGCAGUGAAGUUGCUAGACAACGUUGUGAAAUGACAUUUGGUUUAUAAUGCAGCAGUACCAGUUGACCCAUUCCCUGUAUGCUAGAGACAAUCAUCAUUACAUAAAUCCUUCAACAGUUAAUAGCGGGAUAAUCAUCUAAUUUAGUUGCUUUCUGGUUAAUAAACACUUUUGCGCAGUUUGACAUGAAGUGGUCGUAUCACCAAUGAUUUCAGUAUAAUUAUUGCUGUGGAUCUAUUUGCAACACUUCCAGAGGAGAACGGAAGUGCGGAAGUGCGCUAUCGGGUGAUAUCACUCUCCUCUGGCCAGAGAAAUUAAAAUUGCCCUCGACAGUGCUUUACCUCUGAUAAAGGAUGCAAUUGCCAUCACCAAGGGUUGAUCAAGAGCUUUCUGAAAAAUAGAAAUCGUAGCGCUGCUACAAACGAUCGUUCGACAAUAGAAUCGCAUUCGGUAGGCCUAUAUCCUUCAACCUGUAUAGCCUAUAGGAGCAAUUGUCAAAGAUAAAGUUUUUGUCAAUUUUCUAACAAAUAAAAAAAGGAAUUUGAAUAAAAACAAAA